UGAAAAAAUCCGGAAACUCAAAAGACACACUUAUAAUUAGAUGAAUUAAAUAUUAAGAUAUUUACUACGUUCAAUCUUUAUUUGGUUAAAUUAUGAUUAACAGUGCGAUACCGUUAGUACUAGGCAUAUGUGCUGCUAUUUUCAUAGCAAUUGCAGCAUUUAUACCUGGAUGGUUUGUCGUGGAGUACCCUUCUGUCACUCAUCGUCUUUAUUUUAGCUUAUUUUAUGGAUUAACAUGUUCAACAUCGUGUCAAAUAUCAACUUAUUAUGAAAUAUACCAGUACAAUAACAGACAAAGUUCAACAGUUUUUUGGAUGAUAGAGUUUCAAGUGGAGGUGAUGUUGUCUGUUGUUAUUUGUACCAUAGGUGUCAUCAUUCUGUGUGUGUACCGUAAAGGCAACAGGACACACAGAUUACUACUGGCCUCCGUUAUAUUGUUUGUUAUUGGAGGAUUAAUCAUACUGGUUGCUUGUGGAAGAAUUUUAACCGCAACAUUAACCGCCAACAAGAACCUGCAUACCAGAAAUGCAGACCACUAUUAUGAUUUCCCCUUUUCCCUGGUACCAGCCGGUAUAGGGGGUAUCGUACAAAUAGUAACCGCCAUUCUGGUACAUCUCAUAAGGGGAGAGGUCAUCAAAGGGAACAAUCCGGAUACGUUUGCAUUUCAUAGAUCAUAAAUAGAUCAGCUAAAUUAUA